GGCCCCGGGGGCGGAUUUCCAGGCUCCCUCCAGCUCGCGCGCCCCGCAUCCUCGGCAGAGCUGGAGGGGACCCCUCCGCCCCGGGAGCGCUUCAGGGGUGCAGCAUCCCGUCCUGCACCUGCCUGAAAGACCACUCUGGGGGCACGGAGGCGAUAGUCCCAGCAGCCGGGCACGCACUCGCGGCCACUCCCGGGACACCCCCAGGGCCCCCAAGUCUGGAAGGACCGACCCGUGAGCCAGGGAGCCGCGCUAGCCGGCCGCAGCCCCGCAGACCCGCAGCCCCGCAGACCCGGCGGGGGACGGCCCCGCGCCCCGGGCACCUGGCUCAGCAGGAGCUCCCCGGGCCGGGGCAGGGCGGGGCCGGCGGCGGCGAGCCCCAGCCCGCCCGGAGCCCGCGCCCCUCCGCGUCUGCGGAGCCCGCCGAUGGGACCCCCGCGCCCCGCGCCCCCUCUCCCAGCCGCGCCCAGUCCGAAGCCCCGAGCCACGCGGAGGAGGAGCCCGGCGGCGCAGUGACCCGGGAGCCGCCGCAGACUCGGGAAGGCUCGGCCGACCGAGAGCCGGGCGCCCCCCCGCACCUGCCGGCGCGCCCCGCCAGCCCCCCCAGCUGCGCCAGAGGCCUGGCCCGCCACCCCCAGCCCCGAACCAUGAUGAAGACCUUGUCCAGUGGCAACUGCGCGCUCAGCGUGCCGGCCAAGAACUCCUACCGCAUGGUGGUGCUGGGCGCCUCACGUGUGGGCAAGAGCUCCAUUGUCUCUCGCUUCCUCAAUGGCCGCUUUGAUGACCAGUACACGCCCACCAUUGAGGACUUCCACCGCAAGGUCUACAACAUCCGAGGCGACAUGUACCAACUGGACAUCCUCGACACAUCCGGCAACCACCCCUUUCCCGCCAUGCGCCGCCUCUCCAUCCUCACAGGCGACGUCUUCAUCCUGGUCUUCAGCCUGGACAACCGAGAGUCCUUUGAUGAGGUGAAGCGGCUGCAGAAGCAGAUACUGGAGGUGAAGUCCUGCCUGAAGAACAAGACCAAGGAGGCAGCCGAGCUGCCCAUGGUCAUCUGCGGCAACAAGAAUGACCAUGGCGAGCUGAAUCGCCAGGUGCCAGCCAUGGAAGCCGAGCUGCUGGUGUCAGGCGAUGAGAACUGUGCCUACUUCGAGGUGUCGGCCAAGAAGAACACCAACGUGGACGAAAUGUUCUACGUGCUCUUCAGCAUGGCCAAACUGCCGCACGAAAUGAGCCCUGCGCUGCACCGCAAGAUCUCAGUGCAGUAUGGUGAUGCCUUCCACCCCCGGCCCUUCUGCAUGCGCCGCGUCAAGGACAUGGACGCCUACGGCAUGGUUUCGCCCUUCGCCCGCAGGCCCAGUGUCAACAGCGACCUCAAGUACAUCAAGGCCAAGGUCCUUCGGGAGGGCCAGGCCCGUGAGCGGGACAAGUGCACCCUCCAGUGAGAGGGCAGGUGCACGGGGAAUCUGGCCAGUGCCUUCGGGAGGUGGCCUCAGACCUCCCCUGGCCAGACCCCACAAUUGCAUACCCUCAGCUGCCCCCCCCCAAUCGGACACCCCAGCCGGACUCCAGCAGUAGUCUUGUGGGAAACCCUUGGGCAUCGGGCUGUGGUACCCCAAACUCUGACCUCUGUACACCCUUCCACCUUGUCACCACUGCCUUCUGACCCUGCUUUCAGUGGCUGUGGCUCAUCCCCAGGGUGUGGGGACAUGGGGGGGUUGACAGAUUUCUGCAAGCAGGUGAUAGGGUGCUGGGAGACAGGCAUCUAGAUCCCCGAAGGGGCUCAGGACCCUUUUGGACCCUCCCUGGACUUGGAAGAAAUGCCCAGGCUGGAGGGGGCCAAGAUGACCUGCAUCUGGUGGAAGUUUCUGGAACAAUCACCAAGUAGAAGGCUUGUGACUGCCCCCCCUGGAUCUCUGAGGACAAGUGGGAGAGAAUGACAGCCAUCCUGCUGUGAGACUUAGCUCAGCUUAGGUAGCACCAAGGAGCCCUGUCUUCUCCCUCCCUGCAGCCCACCCCCAGCUUCCCGACCCACAGCCCUUUAUCCCUUGCCAUGUCAGGCUCUGCUCUCCUGUCUGGCCCAGCCAGACCUGAUGUUGAUGCGGGAAUCCCGGUAAUCUGCUCAGACACACCCUUUCCCAAAGUACUUCUGGCCUCCAGGUCCCCUCCUCACCCCCGCCCCUGCUGGUUGUGUUUUGUCCUUGCAGCUAUCCUGAGUUGUAGCGGUAGACAAGAAAACUGCUGCACUGUAAAAGCCUAGUGGCCCCUCCAGAGCCAGGUCUCCCAAAGUUCAGACCCACUGCUUCUGCUGGGGAUGCUGUACCCCCAACCCCCAAAGGGCUCCCACUGCCCCGGAAAGGCUACAUAGCUCAUGGGAAGCUCUUCCAGCUGCUGUCCCCAGGCAGAAAGCUGCUGGCCCAGCAACAGUCCUGUCCUCAGUGUGUGCUUACUCCCUGAGCAUUUACCCAGCACCCGCUGGGUACAGCCACACUGUGUGCUGGGAGACCAAGAGGGAGAGUCACACACCGAGGCCAGGCUCAGCUCUGUUGCCCUUGACCAGCCUGACCUCUGCUCUUGAAGCUAUUGAUUGGGGGGUGGGGGGAAGAGCAGUUGGGAGCCAAGCCUGGGAGCGAUGAGGAGGAGGCAGGCUCCCCGGGAGUAUCUUCCUCCAGCCUGGGGUUGGGCUGUGUAAUGGCUACCUGGCUUGGUGGGAUCUGAACCAGUAGACCAAAGCCUUGAAUUAGCUUUUUCUGUUGUUGUUUAUGGUGUUUCACCACUCCAGCUUCUGUUUUUUUUUUUUUUUUUUUCCCAGAUAGAGUGAGACAGAGAGGCAGAGAGGGAAAGAAAUCAUAGCACUGAAGCAGCUUUCUUUAAUGCUGUGGGAGCCAGGCUCCCACCUGGGAAGCAUCCAUGUCAAAGCAGCACACAACCCAAGGGAGCCAUUGGCACGAGCUCUGGAAAGAGUCCGCUUUUUUUUUCUUUUUUGUAUUUUAAUCACUUAAAAGAAAUACUGACACAUAGGACCCUCAGGAACAUCAGUGAUCAUCCAGUGAACUCAAGGCCUAGGGAGGGUGGGAGACUUGCCUCAGGUCACACAGCAAGUCCCAAGUAGCAGAUGUCAUGCUACCCCCUAUCCCUCUGCCAUUUUCUCAGCCCCUGGGGCCCAUUAGGAAAUUGAGGCAUCUCCCACAUGCCCCAUUGCCCCAACUGAGUAGUGUUUGGGACUCCUCUAGACUCUUGUGUCAUUUGCCCAUGUACAUACAUGCACACACACAUGACUGCACAGCUGUACACAGGCCCAGUCCUGCUCUUGGAUCCCCUGCACCUCUGCCCACCGGCCCGGCAACAGCCGUGACCCGCUUCUUGCGCAGCCCUCCAAAUGGUGCACCUGUGCACUGUGGCCCUGCUCUGUGUGCAAACCGAGUAAAGUGGGUUUGUUUUUAAGACGA